AUGAACUCCCAGGGUGCCACUAUACGCUGGACUUACUUCCAGUCGGCUCUCCAGCUUGCCGUACGGCGUUCGUCUAGAAAAUGGACAUAUGAAGACUUUGCGGAAUGUUUUCCUACGUACACUAGCGAGGAUAAAGAUGGGUCUACAGCGAUCUUCAACCAAAUAUCGGAUUAUAUCGAAUCACAAUCCUUCCGAGACUUGGACAAACUAUUUCAGACUUUCAAUGUCCAAGAGAAUAUCGAUACUCUUCAUCGCAUAAUCGAAGAAUCUAAAGAACGGAGCCAGCGGAACAUAGAAGUCAAAGACAAGUGGCGAGAGGACCUGGAACCUAGAGCAGCUAUCGCUGCACGGACUAUACCAAAACUUGAGGAGGAAAAUAAUCGACUGCGAGAGAUGCUGUCCCAGAUUGAAGCAGAGAACAACGCAUUAACCUCUCAGUUGCAAGAGAGAGUCAAAUGGUCUGAUGAUUCCGAGGAGAAAGUACUACGGCUCCUCGGAAAACUUGACGAAGUUUUGGACAAAUGGCAAGAACUGCCGUCUAACGAAUUAGAAAACUGGACGAGGCAAAUGAUGGAAUCGACUAAGAUUGUCAUGUCCACAUAG